AUACGCGGGAUCCAGACCUACUAGUGCUUUAACAUUUUUAAGGCACUGCAGGUAAAAGUGAAUUUUCAAAUUGUGAAACGUCAAGAUAUUUAUAUUUCAUUUAUUAAUAUUAAUAAUACAACUUGCGCAGUUAGAAAAAGGUGGUUUAAAAGGUAUCAAAGAUAAAAAACUUUUGUUUGUCUUUCGUUUGGCCCCUAAAGACGAUUAAAAAUUCAAAUUAUACCAGCCAGCCCAAAACGCGUCAUGACGUCACCCGGUUAUAUGUUUACAUUCUGUACCAACAAAGUAAACAAAUUGUACCUAUAUAAUUUUAAAUUAGACAUUAUAAACAGUCAGUAUAAACAUUAGACAGUCAGUAGAAAAUACAGUUAUGUGACGUUACAAGUGUUUUUGAUCGUUUGAACUAUUCAUAGAAAACUUGUACUUUUACAAAAUGGUUUUAUUUUACAUAGUAAACCUUCUUUCAUUUCCUUCAAUAACUAUAUCAAACUUCAAUCUUAACAAACUGGUAUAUAUUAUUACAAUGACAUACGAUAAAUGUUAUUAGAAUAUAAAUAUUUUUCCUUUAUUCCGCGACAACGAGCUGGCCAAAUAUCCAAGUAGGUGGAGGCCAAUAAACUAAAGAAGAAGAAGAAUAUACCUAAAUAUAACCAUAAACGGAACCAUAUAGUUAAACUAUGAGACGUCACAGCUCGUUUGAAAUAUUUUAAAAUACAAAAGACUUUAAAUUUGUACUUCUAAGAUACCGUAAAAUGAGGUGGAUUUAUGACAGCCAGGUGAAUUUGUGACAGUACGUAGUACCCCCACUAAAUCCGAUGUAGAGUCCAUACUUACCGACUGAACGCGCCGCAGUUGUUUUCAUUGGCCUUGUAUAAGUAUUGUGUGUGUUGAUUAUUGGCCAUAUUAAAGUUUUUAAAACAAGUAGCUAGAUCGUGUGUGUAAUUAAAAUAAAAGUAAGUAUUUUAGAAUUUUUACUUUGUUGGUGUACUUUCAUUUGUAGAGCUCCAACUGUUUCAUGUAGCCAGAAUUUAUAAUAUGUACAAAGUACGUUAUAGUUUAGGUUAUGUUGUCAUGCAUACACUGUUUAAAAAUUUCAACUAAUUAACCAGUGUCGUCACCUUAAAUAAAAGUUCGACAAAACAUGAGAUGACUUUGUGACACAAUUUAUAACAGAUUUGACAAAUAUGAGGUGAGGUUGUGACAUUGUUUUUUUACAUUUUAUUAUUAUCUUUUAGGUAAGUAGCAAUGCCCCGAAAAUACCAGAGGCUACCGGGAACUCGUCAAUACAAAAAUUAUUCUGACGCGACGUUGCAAGAAGCUCUUCACAGUAUACGAGCGAAAACACUUAGCAUACGGGAUGCCGCGGAAAGAUAAGGAAUUCACCGCAAUACGCUGUUUCACAAACUCCAUAACCGACAUAGCCGUCCUUCUGGUGGACAAACAGCUCUAGAAAAGGAAGAAGAGGAGUCAAUUAUUGCACACGUAAUUGCUAUAUCAACUUUUGGUUUCCCCGUGACAGCCCAUGAUCUGCGAUGUAUUGUGAAGACAUACCUAGAUAAGAGGGGCAAGAAUGUAAAAUGUUUCAAAGAUAAUUUUCCAGGAAAAGAAUGGGUGACAUCAUUUCUGUCUAGACAUAAGAAUAUAUUGGUUAAUCGAGUUGCUACAAACAUAAGCGUUUCAAGGGCUGCAGUAAACCGUGAAACUAUAAAUAGUUUUUUCGAUAAUCUCGAAAGAGUUAAAGAAUGUCCCUCCAUCAAAUCUCUGGAAUUAUGAUGAGACGAAUCUUUCUGACGAUCCUGGUGCAUCUAAAGUUAUUAUACGACGAGGCACAAAGUAUCCUGAGCAAAUACGCAACUCAACAAAGGCGUGCACUUCAUUAAUGCUGGCUGGAAAUGCAGCUGGAAAAGUUGCACCAGUUUAUGUUGUAUACAAGUCUGAAAAACUGUGGCAAACUUGGAUGGAGAAUGGACCUGAAAAUGCUAGGUACAGCAGAAGCAGAUCCGGCUGGUUUGAUUACCAAUGCUUCGAAGAUUGGUUUGUUAACCUGAUGGUGCCAAUACUUAAAAGACAAGAAGGCAAAAAAGUCCUGCUAGGUGACAAUUUGAGUUCACAUUUGAAUAUCGAAGCGAUUAGACAGUGUGAAAACAACAAUAUAUCCUUUAUAGCAUUGCCUCCACAUGCAACAUACCUUUUGCAACCAUUAGACGUUGCUUUCUUUCGGCCAAUGAAAGGUAGGUGGAGAGCAAUUCUACAUGAAUGGAAAGACAGUAUGAUUGGUAGCAGAUGUGGAACAAUACCAAAAGACCAAUUUCCAGCUUUGUUAAAGAAAUUGAUGGUCUCCAUGAAUGACAGGGGAGCUGUGGGAGAAGAAGAUGCCACCACUGUGGUAGAGAAAGAUGCCGCCGCUGUGGAAGAAGAAGAGGCCACCACUGUAGGAGAGAAAGAUGCCACCGCUGUGGCAAAGGAAGAAGUAGAUAAGCCAAAUAUAGCGGACUACGUCAUUAUCCAAUACGAGGGGUCUAUGUUUCCAGGAGUGGUCACUGGAGUGGAAAAGCAAGGUGUGAAUGUCAGCUCCAUGGAGAAAUGUGGAAGAUUUUGGAAGUGGCCAGACCGGGAAGACCAGCUUAUGUACGAAUUUGCUGAUGUUAUACAAACCAAAAUAAAUGCACCCGUCCAAAUUUCUCGAAGAGCAAUUUUUCAAGUGCCUGAAAUGGACAUUUAUGUGAAUAAAUAGAAUUAUUACCGAUUCAAAAUGAUUUAUUUUACUUCUAUUUUUAAAAUUUGUGUAUAAUAACAUUUGUUUUUAUUAUUAAUAAAGCUUUCU